AUGAAUAAUAUCUAUCCAAUGAGUCUUACUGGAGACCUGAGUCAGAAUAACUGCACCACUUUAUUUUCCAGUGUAAUCACUAAUUACACAGGCUGGUACUACUUCAGAAUUGAGAACGGACCAUUUGUGGCAACAACUCCUUGUAAUCGUCUUCAAAUAACAGUCAAAGAUACUCCUCCAAGGCCCAGCAUUGAGAUCUCAGGUGAUCUGAAGGAGAAUCAGUCUGUCACUAUAACCUGCUCAGCUAUCACUCCCUGUCCACACUCCCCUCCUGAACUCACCUGGACUCUCCAACAAGACCCUCACAACAAAAUAGAGGAAAACCCAGAUGGAACCUUCACAACUAAAAUCCCGAAGACCUUCACUAAGUCAGACGAACAUGAUGGAUUCAACAUCACCUGUUCAGCCAGAUAUCCUGUAAAUGAAGGAAAAGACAACAAGACAGCAGAGAAGAGAAUGAAGCUCAGUGUUUCAUAUGCUCACAACGACACCUCAGUGUCCAUCAGCUCUGUCAGCUCGCUACAGUGGGGUUCAGCUUUUGGAGGGAUCCUUGUCAUCAUACUCAUCUGCCUUGUUAUCUGUGUUUGGUGGUUUAAGUCGAAACGUCCACAAACUCAGACUCAAAGAGGUGACGAGCUGACUCUUCAAAUGCCAGCCAGCAAAACAGAAGAAGACAUCCAUUAUGGAGAGAUCGACUUCUCCAAGCGGAGACCUGAACCGUCCUCGGCCUUGGAGCAGGACGGUGGACAGCAGCAGGAUACACUGUAUGCACAGGUCAACGUGUCCGAGACAGCGAGCAGCUUAAGACAGGCUGCUGACGUCCCAGAGGAUCUCUACGCUCAAGUGAAGAAAAAAUAA